GCAGUCUUCAGCUUAUACCAACAUACAUCCAUGUUCGUUGACCUUCAAGGUUGUUGAAAUAGACUAUUGCUAUAUCCAAGGUCUAGUAUUGUACGAAAUAGUAUUAAAGACGCUGAUCGGACCUGCAAACAGAUAUAGUUCAACACAUAUUCAGCACUUUGCUCUUGCGUGACCACCCAUCUAGCACUAGAUGUUCGUACUUGAUGUUGGAAUCGGAUUGCGAUCGAGGCCCUCAUGAUGCUAUUCCGUCAUAUCAUGACAACAUUUAAGUGAAAUUUGGAUCAACAUAUCGCGGGAUCGUGCACAAUAUGUGAAGACAUCGUUCAUGGCGAGAGUCUCGGGUAGGUGGUUGUAAUGAUUCACGGAGAGAGAAAAGAAGCCUUGGCGUCAGUCGACUCUGCGAUGAUCUCAAAUAUAUAAAGGCAGUCGAUUUCCUUCAAGAUGUCUUCAUCUGCAACCCUACUACUAGGAGCAUCGCUCUUAACUUCAUCAGUAUCGGCCUUGUCAUUACCUCCCCUGAUUCCUUCCAUUCCUGGUGUUACAGAGGCCCUGAAUCAAAUUGCUCCACCUCUUCCUAUCCUCCAGGUUCCAACUCCAGCAUUAGAUAGCCCCCCAUGGGUGGGAAGCAGCAUUAAACCUAAGAAAAUAGGUUAUUUCUGGACCGCUGCAGGUGACAACCAGCAUAAAGAUUUCCUGGCAACCUACAGCCUUGAUGAUGAUACCUUUGGGACUCUCAUAUAUGUCACAGAUGUUCCCUCAAGUGGCAAUAGUCCUCACCAUCUUGGACCAUCCCAUGAUGGGAAGACCCUCAUUGGUGGUGGACUGCUCUCACUUUUGAAGACGCAAGACACGGCAUUUUACUUUGACGUGUCUGACCCGUAUCAGCCAACCUUCAAGAAGAGUAACCGUGGCAUUCUCUCGUCUAUCGUAGACGAGAUUCGCGCAAAACCUGAUGGAGGUUUCUUCAUUACAUACAUGGGCUCUGCUUUGGGCACCUCCCCUGGUCGCCUUGUUGAAACCGAUGCCGAUUUUAACAUCAUUCACGAGUGGCCGGAAAGUGUAGAAGGCACUCUAAACAUUCUAGGGGAACAGUUUUCCCCUCACGGUCUGUCCGUCGACUUCGACAGGAACGUCAUUUUGACUUCUGAUUUCAUUGUACCCCUAAGCAUCCUAAAACCGAGCUUGGGCAUUCAGAGGGCCAACACGCUAAGACUGUGGGAUCUUCCUACCCGCGAAAUCAUCAGCACAAUUGAAAUUCCUAAUGGCGGCGGCAUCCAGGACGUCAAGUUCAUCCCUGGUAACUCCGAAGGGGCUGCGCUUGCAACCGCAGUCCACUUGGGCCAAGUCUGGAUCAUCUAUCCCCACCGCAAGGAUAGCAACGGCAAGCAAGGCGUAGCUAAGCUUCUUUUUGACUUGGGUCCCAAGGCUCGCGAUACCACUGCCAUCUACUCUGAUAUCUCAUCUGAUGGAAAAUUCGCCUACUUCACACUUACAACAGCAGACCACAUCGCAGCCCUCGACAUCUCCGACCUGGACAACGUCAAGCGCCUAGACAACCCUGACGAGGACCAGCCCACUAUCGGCCCUCAUUACAUCAAGAUCACGCCUGACCAGAAGCACAUUAUAGUAACCGAUUACUUCGUGCAGACGGGCGACAUUGGGCUCAUCAACACCCCCGCCGACUUCAAGGCCCUGUACAUCGAUAUUCUCGACGACGGGUCGCUGAGCUUCAACCGCACCAUCGACUUCCAGCGCGAGUUCGCUAAUCGUGGUGGGGCUAAACCUCACUCCUCCGUCGUAUACGAUCUUACGGACCCUGAGAACCCUAUUUACUAUAAGUACUAAGUAAUGUUUCAAGCUAAUUAUUCAC